UGACGUUGACGCGGGCGGCACACGCUGCCGCUCGCAUCUACCAGCUGGUCGGUAGGCGUGCUCAUGAAUAUGUAAUGAGGCGCACGUCACGUGAUUCUUAAACGGCUCGCUUUGAGGAAUGGUUGGCCGGCUCGCAAUUGACACGGCAUUAAGAUUUGACGUGAGCUCUGCUCAGAAGGACCUGUCAGUUUUACUAUAGCGGGAGCACAUUCCCGGCACUUGGCAUACUGAAUAAAUCGUUAUGGCUACAGUCACGGAUCUCCACGGGCCCUCGGCCUUCUCCCCUUCGAACCUACCACCCAACUCAGCCGCGCUUAGCGAAAUGAUCGCAAGGAACAAAUUCCUCGAAGCAGCCAUUCCAAAAUGCGCAGGAUGUACAGAGCCUAUCUUAGACCGGUUCAUUCUGAAGGUGCUAGAACGGUCUUGGCACUCCAAGUGUCUCAAAUGUGCAGACUGCCACGCACAGCUGAGCGACAAAUGUUUUUCAAAGGGUGACAAGGUUUUCUGCAAAGAUGAUUUCUUCAGGCGGUUUGGCACGAAAUGUGCAGGUUGUGACCAGGGUAUCCCACCAACACAGGUUGUACGGCGAGCUCAGGACUAUGUCUACCACUUAGAAUGUUUUGCAUGCAUAAUGUGUAGCAGACAACUGAACACCGGGGACGAGUUUUACCUCAUGGAAGACAGGAAACUAGUCUGUAAAGCAGACUAUGAGACGGCCAAAGCAAGAGAAUUUGACUUGGAUUCCGCCAACAAACGACCCCGGACCACGAUCACAGCCAAGCAACUCGAGGCCCUGAAACGAGCGUAUAACGAGAGUCCGAAACCUGCCAGACAUGUCAGAGAACAGCUCAGUGCGGAGACGGGGCUGGACAUGAGAGUCGUGCAGGUUUGGUUUCAAAACAGAAGAGCGAAAGAAAAACGACUGAAGAAAGACGCCGGUCGGUCUAGAUGGAGUCCGUAUUACCGUAUGAAAAAUUGCCGCGGGGGAUCCAACCACGAGUCCGACGGGGGCCAAAGCGCCGACGAGAGGUCCGAUGACGCCACUGAUCUUUCCUAUCAAAGUGAGUACAAUGACCUCGAUGUCAUGGAUAAUGAAGUAUACCUACCUGUGGAACCAGGUCACGACAUGGACCGACAGCCAAAUCUAGGCCAGGUCCCCAUCGGGCCCCCUGGAACACCUCCAGGUCCCGGCGAGCAGUGGAUCCACUACAACAGCCUACCUCCAAACGGACCGUACGUAGGCCGUCACUCACCAAAUAUCCCGAGUAUGGGUCAGCAGCAGAUGAUGCCAUCGGACGCCAUGCCGCUGAUGCGAGGACCAAUGGGGCCACGGAUGAUGCACCACGACGACGGCGACCACAGCUUUCCCGAGUACCCCCCAGGACAGACCCCGAACCACGUGGAGGUGUAUUGAUACGAGCCAUGCUCGAGAUUUCCAUGACAUUUUAAUGGUGCGCACACGUUGUGACCUUGACCUAUCAAGGUCAUGAUAAGUGACCUUGACCUUCUUCAAGGUCAUUCACACAAAUAUUCUUGCCAAGGAGAAUUCCUCCGAAUUAAAUUGUAAUCAGGGUGUUUUUCGUAUUGAUAACUUUGUCGAAUUUGUCGAUGUAGUCGGGAGAUGUCUACAACCUGCUGCAUUUUUUUGUGGAAAUUACAUCAGAGUUCAGUGGGUUUGGUUUUUAUAGCUGCGGGGACGUUCCCACCGCCAGCAUUAGAAAAGAUUUCGUCAUAUAAAAAUUCAGAAAUUAGCAGCAAACGUAAGGAAACGAAAGAUUAAAAAGGGCUAACGUUGGUUUUGUUGAUCAAUACGAAAAACAAGCUGAACUUUCAAUGAAAUUUUAUUUUCAAUGAAAAAGGCUGUAAAGAUAAUUCUACAUUGUACAUAGAAUGACUAUACCGCUUAUACAGGAAAACUAAUUUGUCAAUAUAAAUAUUGUAAUUUAUUUCAAUUAUUAAAGUCCGACUGUAUGAAAAAUACACUCAAUCGGGCUUUGAUUUCCAUAAUUUGAAAGUUUGGUGGCGCACGCUUUUUUUGUCUCAGGAGCGAUAUAUGUAAAAUGGCAUGCACUUAAAAUAUCACGAUUUUCGGAUUCGGUUUUCGGAUGGUAUUCCAAGCGCCGUCUAUCGAUCAAAAUGAUACGAUAGGGAUAAGUAUUGCUUUUCUGCCAACGUUUCUUCAAUGAAGCACUUCAUACUUGAUCGUACUCGGCCUGUGGUAAAUCCACGCGCCCCCAGUGAGAUCUCACGAUAUUUGGGUGUUCGAUCGCCACGGUUGCUUCGUUAAUAUUGGUUUCUUCACGCGCCUGUGACGACAUAGUGUAAUUGAAAUAUAUGUUGGCAAAGAGAAUGAUAUCAUUCGAUUGCUAAACCACCAUAUUGCAAGGCAUUUCACGAUUUCACUUUGAAACACACUUAUUUACGGUGUACAAUAAAUAUUCUUACAUGUAUAUGUUUCAGUCACUUAUUUAUGGUAUUUAAUAUUUAUUUCUGAUUUUUGUACAUACUGGUAUUUUAUGUUUACAUACAAACAGGGCAUAAUAUAAUGGUAUUUUGCAGAUAGUAAACGCACAUAGAUAAUUUGUUUGGUAGAAACAAGAAUAAAUAUAGAGUAGUCUUUAUUAAUUCUUGGUAAAACUAUAAUUUUGGUCCCGUUUAGGUUUUGACUUGUUUAGACCAUAAACAAACGUGAAGUUCUAGUCGCAUUUUAAGACCAAAUAUAGAUAUCUCGCUGUAUGCUAGCAAAUCUAUAUCAGGAAACACUAUGCCUAUAUACCGUGAAGGGUGCACUAUUUCACUGCCACUGAUAAAUGUUUACAAGGUUUAUGUAUCUACUUAAAUUUGUUUCGUAUUUACUGCAUUUCUUAAUUUCUGUUGCUCAAUAUUUAUAUACUGACUGAAUAUCGUGAAGUAAGGGUCUACAUAGAGGAAGAAGAACACUUUUUUGUGUUUUGAUCGGCUUUUUAGUCUGAGCAAACAACAUUCGAUUUUUAACUUCAAUUUCAUACAUUAUGUUCAAAAGCACUAUUUUCAGGUUAAUUUUUUUCACAAGCAUCGACUCGAGAUAGCAUAAUAGUUUCUCUUGUCCCAGGACACUCCAGUCGACAAAGGAUUCUGUGCUUUUAAUCUCUGAGGUCCCUAUAGAACCAUCUUAAUCCAUCACCAUACAAUAGGGACGGACACCUUUCCGGAGAGGAGGACAUUUGAGACUGCUACACCGGCGCCAUUGUUGCUCUUGGUUUAAUAUUCGAUCUCUGCGCCACUUUAUACACAUCAUUCCCUUUUCAAAUUAUCGCAUUGUUUUACUAAGUUUAUGUAAAAUAUUUUGAUUAUAAAAACCCACCGAUUUAUUCUUAAUUCCCUCUUCGCAUUAGACUUCAGAAAGUUCUUCUGUGCGUCACACUGUUACUUUAAUGUUUAGUAACAUGACAAUACUCAUAUCUAUUUUUUGAUAAAUAAAACUAUUGUGUCCAUAUACAUGACAUAAUGCGUAAGGGUGUAUUUUUGAAGUGUGAAAAGUUGUAUUUCCAGUGUCAAGUCUAGUCAUAGAGAAGAAUACAAAUAUAAGUCAAAUAAAGCAAA